AAAAUAACAAGGGGAGAGCUGGUGAAAGAGGGAAGAGCCAAAAGCAUGAAAGAAGGUUGAAAUCACAGUAGCACAGAGGAGAGACAAAACAAUGAGGAGAGGAAGGAUGAGUGGAGGAAAAGGCGUUGAUCAGUGACGUCUUCAGAGAGGAGAGAAGAGAACAAGGUGAUGAGCAGGGAGAGGCGGUUGAGCAGCCAGCACUGAGAACAUCAAUCAGCCCAGGCAGCCAUGCUCUGAGCCCUGGAGCAGCAGGUCUACGCAGACACUGCACAGGCCCAGCUACAGGCCCAGCCACAACCACCGGGCCAGGGAUAAAAGAAGAGUCCACUCACAUCAGCUGUGCGUAAGAGCCAUGAGGACAGCCAGGAAGGGCAGUGUGGAGAUGCCUGCGUUUAUGCGGCAGCUGGUGAAAGAGACAGAGAAGAGGGUCAGCUCUUUCUUUAAAGGGGGCCGUGGAGGAGCAGCAGAGGGAGAGCAGCCAGUGGAUGGGGAGAGGGAGGAGGUCAUCCCCAGCCCUUACCUGGACCGGCCGGUCCUGGACAAGCUAACAGAGGAAGGUUGCGCCCGCUGGGGCCUCACAUACGCCCUGGGAAGCAUGCAGGGCUGGAGGGCCAACAUGGAGGACUUCCAUAACUGUGUGCCACAGCUGGGUGGGGAGCUGGCUGACUGGAGCUUCUUUGCUGUCUUCGAUGGUCAUGCAGGCAGCUCCGUGGCACAGUACUGCUCCCAGCACCUUCUGGGUCAGAUCCUGGCCACAGGUGGGAUGAGAUCAGAGGACGACCCGGAAAGGGUGAAAGGAGCCAUCAUCGAGGGCUUCCUGCAGACGGACAAGCACCUGCUCUCUGUGACCCGUCGAGAAGGCUGGGAGAGAGGCGGUACCACUGUGGUGGCCACUCUCAUCUCACCAUAUUACAUCUACUUUGCCAACUGUGGGGACUCGAGGGCCGUGCUGUGCAGGUCUGGCCAGGUAUGCUUCUCCACUGAGGACCACAAACCUUACAACCCUCUGGAGAAAGAGCGCAUUGAGAGUGCAGGCGGCUCUGUGUCCAUCCAACGGAUCAACGGCUCCCUGGCUGUGUCCCGUGCUCUGGGGGACUUCAGCUACAAGGGAGCCGAGAACCGGACACCCACCCAGCAGAUGGUGUCACCAGAGCCAGAGGUGUGUGUGGUGGAGCGCUCGCCAGCUGAUGAGUUCCUGGUGCUCGCCUGUGAUGGGGUGUGGGACACCAUCAGCAACGAGGAGCUGUGCGCCUUCAUCCACAACAGGCUGUGUGUCUGCACUGACCUAAGGGACGUCUGCACUCAAGUCAUAGACCUCUGUCUCUAUAAGGGCAGCUUGGACAACAUCAGCAUCAUCCUGCUGUGCUUCCCUGGAGCCCCCCAGCUGUCAGCAGAGGCGUUACACCAGGAGGCCGAGCUGGAGGACCUGCUGGAGUCUAAAGUAGCAGAGAUUUAUGAUGAGCUGUGUGCCAGAGGGGAGGAACCUGACCUGCUGUCUGUCCUCACAGUCCUCGCAGCCACUGUGAUCCCUGGAUUACCACCAGGUGGAGGCAUUCAGAGCAAAAGGAACUGCAUUAUUUCGGCUUAUUAUCAACAAAAAGAGACUCACAAGCCCACAGUACCCAAUGGCCUGGGAGGCUCCUAAGAGGCCCAGCUGGUCUCCAACCAUCCGUGGAGGGGCUGAAAUUAAUGCCAAUAUUAAAACAGUUUUCUUCAUGUGUGCACUUUGACAAAAAGAGAGAGGGUGAACAGACAGGGGUGUUUGUUUACAUCAUUCUAGCAAGCAGCAUCUUGUCAUAACAAAUACAAUGCAAAAAGAGAUCUAAUAAAGCCUGAUACAUUUUAUAUUUCUACUAGAAGGACAUUUUGUAAAACACACUCAGAGACACUGAUCCAGCAACAAACCUCUGCCUCAUAUUCAGUGAAUAGAAGAUACAGAUGAUCAUUUCAAAUGUACAGUAUGUAAAACUGAAGAACAACCAGCUGUGAAAUUGUACAUUUUCAUUGGAUAAAAUAAGGAACAUAUAUAUAUAUAUAUAUA